AUGGAUUUUCACACAGAAAAAAGGAAUUCUGAAUUUAAUGAAGAAAAGAUGGAAAUUUCACUUAUCGAAAAAGAUUUAAAAGCUAAGGAAUUCGGAUGUUUGAUGGACACUGGGGUUCAGACAGAAUGGAAGUUUUUCAAUAUUGACAUAGAGAAGAAGGACAUAGAAGUGCAAACUGAGUCAAAUUUUCACGAAACUGAACAUAGAGUAGCAAAGACACAUGUUGAAGUACAAACAGUGGAGAUGAUUUGUGAAAUUACCAACGGUUUUACAAGUGAGAAUACUAAAGAAAAGGAAAUUAUGCUUGAUUUUUUAAAAGAAAAGGCAGAAAAGACAUUUUCCCGAGAAGAAAAGAGUUCUGAUUUUGACACAGAGACGACGUCUCUCGAGAAUAACAAAGAGGGGAAUUGUUUUACGGCUAAUGGAAUAAAUUCAGAAGGUAUGGCAUUAGAAUGUGAAAAAGAGAGGGGAGAAUCAGAUAUUGACUUAAAAGAAAUUAAUUUUGAGGGCGAAGCAGUAAAUGAAGACUCCAAACCUGAAAAGGACAGUUCUGGCUCUGAAAAUUCUGAAUUUGAGAAAGAGAUGAUUGCAUCUGUAGUUGAACCUGAUAAGAUUAUUUCUGAAGUUGAACCUGAUCAAAUAAUGGACUCUGACUUUGACACCGAGAAAACUGAUUGCAAAACAGAGAAGACUAAUUCUGACGUUGGUGCAGAGAUAAUCAAUUUUGAGAAACAAGAAGAAAUCUCUCGGGCUGAUGGGCAGAAAAAUGAAGUCGGAGCUCAAGCAGAGACUUCAGAAAAGGAAACUCGGGAAGAUAAGACAUUGCCUGAAAACUGCUCAAAACAUAAAUCCAAAUUUGCAGAUAAAGAAGAUGACGUUAAGUUCCUAGUUAACAGGGGUGAUAACGUCCCUGAAUUGAACGGGAAUAUUAAUACUGAAUCGGAUACAGAGAAGAUUUAUACUUGUUCUAACAAAAUAAAAAUUGAUAUCAUUGAUAACAUUGAUGGUGAAUCAAACACGGAAUUGAUUAAUUCUGAACAAGACACGGAAAUACUAGUAGUUGAUUCUGAACAAGGAACAGAGAAGAUUGAUCCUGAACUAGAAAAAGUAAAGAUUGAUCCUCAGCUAGACACAGAAAAAGUUAAUUCUGAACAAGACAAAGAGCAGAUUGAUUCCAAACUAGACAUAGAGAAGAGUGAUUCUGAACAAGGCAUAGAGAAGAGUGAUUCUGAACAAGACGCAAAGAAAAUUGAUUUUGAACAAGACACUGAGAAGAUUGGUGCUGAACAAGACACUAAGAAGAUUGAUACUGAACAAAACACUAAGAAGAUUGAUUCUGUACAAGACGGCGAAAAAAAUGAUUCUGAACUGGACACAGAAAAAGUUGAUUCUGAACAAGGCAAAGAGAAGAAUGAUUCCAAACAAGACACAGCGAAGAUUGAUCCUGAACAAGAAAAAGGAAAGAUUGAUCCUGAACUAGACACAGAAAAAGUUGAUUCUGAACAAGGCAAAGAGAAGAAUGAUUCCAAACAAGACAUAGAGAAGAUUGAUUCUGAACAAGAAAAAGGAAAGAUUGAUCCUGAACAAGAGACAGAGAAGAUUGAUUCUGAACAAGACACAGAAAAGAUUGAUUCUGAACUGGACAAAGAGAAAAUUGAUUCGGAACAAGACACGGAGAAGAUUGAUUCUGAAGUAAAGAAUAACACAUCAGAGUCUAAAAAUAUUCCAGAGAAUUUUUCGUUCACAAGAGAAGCUGAUAACAUACAGUUCGUACAAAAAUUAGAUAAAACAGUUGUGAUUGAUGCUGGAUCGCUAACUGUCAAGGCAGGCUUUGCUGGUGAUGAAAAUCCCAAAGCUUGCUUUCCCAAUAUUGUGGGUGAACCUAAAAAGAACAUUGCUAUUUCCCUUCAGCAUACAUCACAAAAUAACAUUUUACUGAUAGCAAUGAAGGCAGAGUGCAAAGUACCAGUACUUAAAGUCCGAUACCCUGUCGUCAAUGGCCAAAUUGAGGAAUGGGAUGAUAUGGUAGAAAUUUUAUGCCAUGCAAUAGAGCAUGAAAUCGAUGUUGAUGAUGUCUCUCAAUACGUUAUGGUAAUGAUUACUGAAACAGAAGAUGGACAACAACUGAUGCGACUGCUCUUUCAAAUAUUUAAACCACGUGCUGUUCUUCUCGUAAACCAAGCUAUUCUAUCACUGUUUGCUUCCGGUCGUUCGACAGGUGUGGUUAUCAAUUUUGGGGAAGGUACAAGCCAAGUCGUCCCAAUCUUUAACAGAUGCAUUAUUCAACACGCUGUCAGAAAUUGGGGUUGCAAUGGCCUAGGGCUCACGAAAAAACUCAUGGAGAUGUUGGACAUUGCCGAAACACCAGCUGGACUAAUACGUACCCGAGGGAUCAAAGAAAAGUUUUGCUACGUUGCCAGUGACCCAAAUAUUGAGAAAGAAAAUAUUAAAUGCGACGAGUGUGAACUAUCGGAUGGUACUGAAAUUACUAUCGGUGCCGAGAAAUUCCAAUGCCCGGAAGUACUAUUCGAAGAUUGUCGAAUACACGAAAUUGUUGUUAAAGUAAUUGAAAGCUGCGAUAAAGACAUCCAGGGAGAAUUAUUUAAAAACAUCGUUCUUGCUGGUGGAUCUACAAUGCUUCCGGGAUUUCCUGAGCGCCUGGAGAAAGAAAUUAGAGGCUUGGUUGGGGAAACAAAAGAGUUCCAUAUCAUUACACCUCCUGACAGAAAUCUUUCUGCGUGGAGAGGAGGAUCAAAGAUUUCUUCAACAGACUUAUUUUUAUGCGAUUUAUAUUCUAAAGAUGAAUUUGAUAACAAGGGACCUAUGCAUUACUUUUAA